AUGGAGCACAGAAAUACGUUUGUUCCUUUCCAAACCGCUCUCAGCUUCAGCUUCCUUCCACUUCCACCAUCAAUCAUCAAUGGCGGCCUUCAGAAAUCUCACUAAGGAAAUCCCCAAAUUUGCUGUUAACAAGGGGAGGUUAUUCUCCACGAGUUCAAUUCCUUCGCUGGAUUCUCCCUCGUUCGCUCAGAGACUGAGGAAUCUGCCAAAAGACCUCCCCGGCGCUAAUAUCAGGAAGGAAGCUUCUCAGCUUAUUGGCCGAACGCCUUUGGUUUAUCUCAACAGAGUAACCGAGGGCUGCAGCGCUUAUGUAGCCGUCAAGCAAGAGAUGAUGCAGCCAACUGCUAGCAUCAAGGACAGGCCAGCUUAUGCGAUGAUAACAGAUGCUGAAAAGAGAGGACUGAUAGCACCGGGGAAGACGACAUUGAUUGAGCCUACAUCGGGUAAUAUGGGGAUCAGCAUGGCGUUUAUGGCUGCUAUGAAGGGGUACAAAAUGGUGUUGACGAUGCCGUCUUACACGAGCUUGGAGAGAAGGGUGACAAUGAAAGCGUUCGGGGCUGAGUUGGUGCUCACCGAUCCGGCGAAGGGAAUGGGCGGAACUGUUAAGAAGGCUUAUGAGCUUUUGGAGUCAACGCCCAAUGCAUUCAUGCUUCAACAAUUUUCGAAUCCUGCCAAUACUCAGAUUCAUUUUGAGACCACCGGCCCGGAGAUAUGGGAGGAUACAAAUGGCAAGGUCGACAUUUUCAUUAUGGGGAUUGGAAGUGGAGGCACUGUCUCUGGCGUCGGGCAAUACUUGAAGUCCAAAAAUCCCAAUGUCAAGAUUUAUGGACUUGAGCCUACCGAAAGCAAUAUUCUUAACGGCGGAAAACCAGGUCCUCAUCAUAUUACCGGCAAUGGGGUCGGAUUCAAACCCGACAUCUUGGACAUGGAUGUUAUGGAGGAAGUUCUCAUGGUAUCGAGUGAGGAUGCCGUCAACAUGGCAAGACAGUUGGCGUUGAAAGAAGGUUUAAUGGUUGGGAUUUCGUCGGGGGCUAACACGGUGGCGGCAAUCAGGCUUGCCCAAAGGCCAGAAAACAAGGGGAAACUCAUUGUGACGGUGCACCCGAGCUUUGGCGAGCGAUACUUGUCGUCCGUGUUGUUCGAGGAGUUGAGGAAAGAAGCCGAAGCCAUGCAGCCCGUUCCGGUUGAUUAAUGGUGAGUUUCUUAACGGCAGCGAUCUUCUAAAUCCGAAUCCGAAUCGAAUCUUGUUAUUUGAAUAAGUUGUAAUAGUCGAGCAAAAUUAGUCGACUUUUGUUGUAAUGCACCAUAUAUAAGAUCAAAUGUCACUUUAAAGUUUUUAUGAGUACAUUUGAAUGGGAACAUGUAUACUUCAUUAUCA